CAGUAUAUAGCUUAGAUGCAGCAGAACUCUUCCACAUAACUGGAGUGUCUAGCAAACUCUAGUGUGGUCCAGAGAGGUGGCGUCCACUGAUUUUAACAUUUACGUUCAUAGCCUUAGGGAAAGUGAGGAGUGAAACACCUUCUGCUUUUGACCAAGAGCAGAGGUUUUCUAAAUAAAUUGAAGGGUUUGCCAGAAACUUCUCAUUUAAUUUCAGCAAAAUAAAAAGCAUUUUGAAAGAUGACGUUACCAACCAGUGUGUCGGAUCACAUCGUUCAACUGUAGGCAUUAACUAUCAGGUUGAAAACUGCGUUUACUGAUCUGCGUCCCUUCCCACACCAGUUGAUCCUGAACUCUGCAUUUGGUCCCCUCCUACACGCUUUCCUGGAAAUAAGCUCGAGUCACACGCACAGGGAAGACAGCCUUCACACACCACCGAGGGCUUGGGCUCCCCAGACGGUACAGCUUUAGUUUUCUUCAGGGCUCCCCCAAAACACUGCUGCGGACGCCAGGCUCCUCGGGCCAGUCCCGAGAGUUCGGAGGCAACACUCCUCUCCCCAGACACCACCUUCCAUCAGGAUCAGAGCCACAAACCCUGGGAGGAAAAAGGGGCGUGCCGCCGCGGGAACUCCCGCGUGACGUCACGUGACGUUGCGUGACGUCGUGGGCUCCCGGGCUGGGCGGGGCCGGCCGCUUCCGAGCCGGGCCGGCCGCCCUCCGGCCUUCCCCCCAGUCCUGGCCGAGGGUUUGGCAGUCUGGUGAAGGAAGGGGGCGACCGAGAUCAGCGAGCUGCCGUCCCUUUACAAUCCCGGAGGGUGUCUACUCCCGUGCUGGGGCUUUCGAGAAUUUCGAGGCUGUCUGGAAGUUUGUCUUACCAGUUUGCUGAGUCUGGCCUUGAACUUGAGAUAUUCCUGCCUCAGCCUCCUGAGUUGUUGAGAUUGCAGGUAUUUCAGCUGUCUAAAGAUAACUUCACACCUGUAUAAUGUAACAAAAAAGGUCAGAAAACGGUAAACAAAUAGAAGUGUGGAGCUCUUAAGCAAGAUGAACAUCUCUGGAAGCAGUUGUGGAAGCCCUAAUUCUACAGAUAUAUCUAAUGACUUUAAGGAACUUUGGACAAAACUAAAAGAAUGUCAUGAUAAAGAAGUACAAGGUUUACAAGUAAAAGUAACUAAACUGAAAAAGGAACGAAUUUUAGAUGCACAAAGACUAGAAGAAUUUUUCACGAAAAAUCAGCAGCUGAGAGAGCAACAGAAAGUCCUUCAUGAAACCAUUAAAGUUUUAGAAGAUCGAUUAAGGGCAGGAUUAUGUGAUCGCUGUGCAGUAACCGAAGAACAUAUGCGGAAAAAGCAGCAAGAAUUUGAAAAUAUCCGACAACAGAAUCUUAAACUUAUUACAGAACUCAUGAAUGAAAAGAAUUCCCUCCAGGAAGAAAAUAAAAAGCUUUCUGAACAACUGCAGCAGAAAAUCAAGAAGGAUCAACAACAGCAUCAAGCAGCUGGACUUGAAUGUGAGGAAAAUGUUAUUCCAGAUUCACCCAUAACAGCCUUUUCAUUUUCUGGCAUUAACCGACUACGAAGAAAGGAGAAUCUCCAUGUCCGAUAUAUGGAAAAAGCACAGAGUAAACUGGAGUACCCUGGUUGUACAAAUGGUAAAGAAUUAAGAAAAAUCUCCAGGGCUUCAACGCAUCCUCACCAUAAGCCUAAUGAAAAUGAAAUUCUAGUAGCUGACACUUGUGAUCAAAGUCAAGCUCCAGUGACUAAAACACAUGAAACAAGCAGUUACCCCACUGAUAAGUCAUCAUCUUUUAAUUUGGCUACAGUUGUUGCUGAAACACUUGGACUUAGUGUUCAAGAAGAAUCUGAAUCUCAAGGUCCCCCAAGCCCUCUUGGUGAUGAGCUCUACCAGUGUUUGGAAGGAAAUCAUAAGAAACAGCCUUUUGAAGAAUCUACGAGAAAUAGUGAAGAUAGUUUAAGAUUUUCAGAUGCUACUUCAAAGACUCCUCAAGAAGAAUUGACUACUCGGGUGUCAUCUCCUGUAUUUGGAGCUACUUCUAAUGUGAAAAGUAGUUUGUGUUUGAAUACAAGUUUAUCCCCUUCUCUUUUAGACACUGGGAAAAAAAAUCUUCUGAAAACAGCCCCUUUUAGCAAUACUUCUGUUUCUAGAUCAGAGAAACCUAGAUCAAAAUCUGAAGAUAGUGCCCUUUAUACACAUAGUCUUGGGUCUGAAGUGAACAAGGUCAUUAGCCAGUCAUCUUCUAAUAGGCAGAUACUUAUAAAUAAAAACAUAAGUGAAUCCAUAGGUAAACAGGAUAGCACUGAUCACAUUAAAGAUAUUAUUGAUAAACAUUUGGUGCCCCUGAAAUCCUUGGAAAGCAGAACAUCCAAAAGGAAGAAAACUGAGGAAGAAAAUGAGCAUGAAGUAAGCUGCCCACAAGCCUCUUUUGAUAAAGAAAAUGCUUUUCCUUUUCCAAUGAAUAGUCAGUUUUCCAUGAAUGGAGACCAUGUGAUGGAUAAACCUCUGGACCUCUCUGAUCCAUUUUCAGCUGUUCAGCGUCAAGAGAAAAGCCAACCAAAUGAGACCUUUAAAAACAGAUUUAAGCAAGUGACUCUCUAUGAAGCUUUUAAGCCCAUUCCAAAAGGCUCUUCCUCAGGCUAUAAAGCCCUGGAUGGGAGCUGCGUAUUACCCAAAGAUUCCUCAGAGGAGCCCUGUUUACAGGAGUGCAUCCUCCAGUCCUUGAAUAAAUCCUCACCAAACAACAAAACACCAUUACAGAUAAAAGAAGAAAAUCCUGUCUUCAAAAUCCCUCUAUGUCCACGUGAGAGUUUAGAGACAGAGAGUCAUUUUGAUGACAUGAAGGGUGGUGGUUCUCAUGAGCCAAUAAAAAUUAAAACCCAGUCAGUUCAAGGAGCAUGUGAACUUGCAUCAGUCCUUCAGUUAAAUCCCUGUAGAAUUGCUAAAACAAAGUCUCUGCAAAACAACCAAGAUGCAUCCUUUGAAAAUAUCCAGUGGAGUAUAGAUCCAGGAGCAGACCUUUCUCAGUAUAAAAUGGAUGUUACUGUAAUAGAUACAAAGGAUGGCAGUCAAUCAAGAUUAGGAGGAGAGACUGUUGACAUGGACUGUACAUUGGUCAGUGAAACCGUGCUUUUAAAAAUGAAGAAGCAAGAGCAAAAAGAAAAAAGUCCAAAUGGAGAAAAAAAAAUGAAUGAUAGCUUGGAAGAUAUGUUUGAUCGGACAGCACAUGAAGAGUAUGAGUCUUGUUUGGCAGAUAAUUUCCCCCCGAUGGCAGAUGAGGAGGAGGAAUUGUCUGCUGCCACAAAGAAAUCAAACACACAUGUCGAUAAACAAGAUAAAGUCAAGCAAAAAGCAUUUGUGGAGCCAUAUUUUAAAGAUGAUCAGAGAGAGACUAGCUUACAAAAUUUUCCUCAUAUUGAGGUAGUUCGGAAGAAAGAAGAGAGAAGAAAGUUGCUUGGGCACACAUGUAAAGAAUGUGAAAUUUUUUUGUUAUUAGUAUUAUGCAGAUAUGCCAGCAGAAGAAAGAGAAAAGAAGUUAGCUUCAUGCUCAAGACACCGAUUUCGCUACAUUCCACCCAACACACCAGAGAAUUUCUGGGAAGUUGGUUUUCCUUCCACACAGACUUGUAUGGAAAGAGGUUACAUUAAGGAAGAUCUUGAUCUUUGUCCUCGACCAAAAAGACGGCAACCUUACAAUGCAAUGUUUUCUCCAAAAGGCAAGGAGCAGAAGACAUAGAUUUUGAAACGAAAACAGAAGGAUAGAGGAUGGUUUUUCCCCUUUUAGUUAUUUAUAGUUAAAGUUGGUAUUAAACAUUGAUUUUUGGAUCUUUUGUAAA